GCAAAAUUCAGCAGCUUACGCACACAACUUUAGUCUUUUCCAAAUAUUCUUUUGCAUUUCAUAAAAUAAUUAAAAAUCAUGGAUUUUCUUUCGUCUAUCGUUAAAACCACUAUUCCAAAUUACCUAUCAGGCUUGCCAAUUCCUAAUACGUUCGGAGGAUGGUUCAAACUUGGCUUCACAGACUAUUUGUCAUUGAUCCCACCAACCCUCUUUACUGCCGGUGCUGUGUAUACAGCUUAUGUAGCCUUCUGUCCAGCAGCUGGAAAUUCUGGAAUUUGUCGUAGGAAAAUAAUUAAGCGUGUAAACAAUAAGAUCCGAAUGGAUGAAGCUAAAGUUGUUGACAUGAUAGACAUUGAGGAUAUCUCAGAGAAGGCUGCAUUCUGUAGAUGUUGGAAAUCAAAGAACUGGCCAUACUGUGAUGGUUCACACGGUGAACAUAAUAAGGAAUGCAACGACAAUCUUGGACCAGUUGUUGUGUCCAGGAAGCAAAAAUAGAUGAAAUUCUAGGCUCAAAGAUAUUCAUCCAUAAAGUUGAUAUUUGGCAAGUUAAAGGGGAAAUUAGCUUUUGAAAGAUUCAAUAGCAGUGGAUAUGUGAUUACUAAAUUUUGGUGACGGGAAAUUUUAUAAUGGAUGUAUAACAAACAUUUUAGUGCUGAAUAAAAAAUAGCUCGCAACUGAGUGAUUUCAAUGCUCAC